CCCUUUUCUAUGGGGUGAAGUCUGUACAAAUAUCUCAUUCCCGAGAGAGAGAGAGAGAGAGAGAGAGAGAGAGAGAGACAGCGAGCGUCUAGGAGAGUUCGAGGUGGGAGAUUUUUGUGAGAGUGAAAAAUAAAGGACAGAGCUUUUACAGUUUUGUGCAUCCAUGGCCGACCACUCCGAUGAUUUAGACCAACUUCUGGAUAGUGCUUUGGAUGACUUCGAAAAUCUCGACCUCAAUCCUUCCCUUCAAAGAAAUAAAGAGGCUACAGAGACCAAGCAAGAUGGGCCACCCACUUUGCCAUCCGGGAUUCAAGGACUGGGCAUGGGUUUGCCCGACCUGAGAAGCAAGAAAAAAGGGAAGCAAAAGGUUUCCAAGGAUUCUCAUGUUUCCGAGGCGCUUGACAAGCUCAGGGAACAGACUAUGGAGGCUGUUAAAGGACUUGAAUCGGUGACUGGUGCUAAACCCGGCGGAGGAGAUGAUUUGGGCAGCGAUGCUAUGAUGGAGGAUUGGGUCAAGCAAUUUGAGGAGCUUACUGGGUCUCAGGACAUGGAAUCUAUUGUUGAGACCAUGAUGCAACAGCUUUUGUCCAAGGAGAUUCUUCAAGAACCAAUGAAGGAAAUUGGAGAAAGAUAUCCAAAGUGGUUGGAAGAUCAUAAAGCCAGCUUGAGUGCAGAAGAAUAUGAACGUUAUUCUCGCCAAUAUAUACUCAUAAAAGAUCUAAAUGAAGUUUAUGAAAAUGAUCCUAGUAACUUCAACAGGGUUGUUGAGCUGAUGCAGAAAAUGCAGGAAUGUGGACAGCCUCCAAACGAUAUUGUCCAAGAGCUUGCUCCUGAUUUUGAUCUAGCUAGUCUUGGGCAGAUAUCUCCAGAGAUGCUCGAAUCCCAGUCAAAUUGUUCCAUAAUGUGAGGAAAUGUCUUCUAUCCAGUGAUUACCAAUCAAAAAGAAAAUGUCUUCUAUCCAGUGGCAUGCCGCAUGUUCCCCCAACCCUAGGCUUUUCAGUUAUACGGUGGAUAUUGUUAUUUGUUGAAUAUUUGUAGGAAAUAAAUUGUUUUAUGCUCCAAGAACUAGAUGAUGAUGAUGAUGAGUUCCGCAAUUUCAGAGCGUCAUUGUUGGUUCAUUUCAAGCUUUGUACCUGAUCAAACGUUGUAUCCUGAGUCAAAUUGUGGCUUUUGUGGGUGCUAAGUUCAGCAA